AUGAAACCAGAACGUAAUGUGAUUAUAGCAGCCACAGGUAGUGUGGCUACCAUUAAGUUAACACAAAUGAUAGCAGAACUCUCCGAUGAGCGGCUGCCCUACAAAUUCCACCUGAAAGUCCUCAUCACCGAGGCAGCCAAACACUUCUUCGAGCUGGAGCAAAUACCCGAGAACGUACCCAUUCUCCAUAAUCGUGAUGAAUGGUUGGGCUGGAACCACCGCGGGGAUCCCGUGCUGCACAUCGAACUGGGAAAGUGGGCCGAUCUGAUGGUGAUUGCUCCACUCAGCGCGAAUUCUCUCUCAAAAAUUGCCACCGGGAUUUGCGAUAACCUUGUGAUGUGCGUGGUGCGUGCUUGGAACCUGGAGAAGCCCCUGCUCUUUGCGCCAGCCAUGAACACGCGCAUGUACGAUCACCCCAUCACGAAGGAGCAGAUCGACAAGCUGGUGAGCUGGGGCUACAAACAGAUUCCAUGCAUUUCCAAGACGCUAAUGUGCGGCGACACGGGCAAUGGGGCCAUGGCAGAAGUGCGCACAAUUGUUGAAGCAGUAGUGUUGGCUGCCUUUCAGCUGAACAAUUAAUUGUUAAGGGCGGGCGAUACGAGGAGAGCAAACACCCAAUUUUGUUAUACACACAAUGUUUAUAUAUCGCAGAAUAUUUUGUUACAACAAUUAGACAAAUACUAUAAUUGGCUUAGCCUUACAGAUCCA